CUAUGUGACUUUGGUUUCGACAUACCUACUGCCAGACUUUAAAAUUUUAAAGUAAACUCGCAAUUUUUAUUUGUAAAUAACAAAAACUGUACUUAUUCCUUGUAAUGUUUUUUUUUCACCAAGGUGUAAAAAUAAAUAACGUGUCAUGUUUCAUGUGCAGAAAACAUGAAUAGAAUUUGGCCAAUACCCAUAUAAUAAUUUUUUUUUUGCUCCUGAUGCCCUCAGGAAUGCGUGGUUAAAAUCUGUCGGGUUUAAUUGGCCCACGGUGUAUAAACAAAAUAUCGCGAGCUUUUUCUUCUUCACGCACGCCCCGUAUACAUGCAUUCACAUAAUAUAUAUUAUUAUGUAGAGCUUAGACCUCGAACGAUGCUAAAAGUUAACGGGUUAUUGGGUCGCCGGGGCAAUGCGCUCACGGCUAUCUUUAUUUACAAACUCGCCACAAAAACUCCUAUCACAAUAGAACUGGACUGCUACUCUUAAACCCAAUCGUGUUUGAAGAGCGGACAACUAACUAAUAGGAAACUAAUCUUCAUAACGUAUCUACACAUGCAUUAUUAAUGCUAGCAUUUUAUUGCACAUUACAACUGCAAUUCCAGAAUAGUUGUACUCGUGGUAGGUCGCAGCCUGUCUGAGAGUACCGCUAUCUCCGCAAAUAAAUAAAAAAUGCAUCGGAGACUGGGUACAUAGCGGAGCCCGCGAGCGAAGCCCGCAGUGCGCCUCUAGCCAGCAGCCGUGAUGGUCAACUACAAGCGCGUCGUGUGCGAGGUGGCCGUGGUGCUGGCGCUGGUGGCGGCGGUGGCCGCGGCGCCCACGUCCAACCCCGACUGCCACUACGACCAGCGUCAGAACGGUUCGGAGAACUACCGCCUAAACAUCGACGGCGUUGUGAUCGCCGUCGCCCCUGCAGACUCGCUCUUGGCCGCGGCUUCGGAGAUCGAUCUGAGCGAUCUCCUGGACCUGUCGGAGUACGACGGGCCGUCGUCGCAGAAGCCGCAGCUGGAGCCGAAGCCGGAGGAUGGCAAGCCCCAGGACAAGCCGGAAGACAAGCCUGACCUGUCCGUGCUCGAUGUCAGCCAGAACACAGUGAAGGAGCAGAAACAAGCUUUCACAAGGAAACAGGAAAAAGCACACAGACUGAAAAACCGCCUCGCUCAGUUCCUGCUGCCCCUGCUGAGAAAGACUCGCCACCACUAAACGGAGAGCCAUGACAACUGAUGCAUAUAAGACUAAUAAGGCCUUAUACUAGAAAAAUAAAGUAUGCACACGGUGCCGCGCAAAGCACAGCCCGGAAAUGCAGAACCGGUGUGUUGGUGCCCUAAAAGCACCGUUCCAAGACUUGCCUAUUAAAUACUUAAUAAGAAAUAACAUUACAAACAUGGAUGUUUAGCAUAUUAUGUGCCCGACGGUCCGUUAAGUAAGACUUAGCCACGAGUGAUAUUGUAAUGCAUUUAUAGAUAUUUAUUUUAGUCUUAAGUUAAUUAGUAAGCUAGGAUGUAUAAAUCGUUUUGUUGAAAAUAAAUGAAAAUUCUUAUUGAAAAAUCCCUAAAA